UAGCAGGGGCAAUCAUUGCUAUUUGGAAAAGUUAAUUAUUCGACGAAAAUGGUAUCUUCCAAGAGACCGCAGACCAAGGUUGUACCGUGACACACCGACAGCUCCUUGUUCAAUUGGGUCAUUUGAUCAAGUGAUAAGAGAGGUAUGGUUGGAAAAUCGCAGGUCAAUCACAUC